GCGCAUGUGUAGACGGUGAUCUGUGCUGCGGUGGAACAGGGUCUGGAGACACACAACUAGAGAGAUGGCGCGGCACCCGACCGGAGCGCAAGGACAGCUGGUUGGCGGUGGGGGGGCUUGAAUUAUAAAGAGAAUCAGAAAAAAAAAAUUUAAAAAUAUCAAGAAAAAUAAAGGGGGAAUCGGAAAAAAGGAGUUUCCAUUCUGCAAAACAGCGACAGAGGUAGAAUAAUCACAUAGAAGGACAGAGAAGAGGCAAUAGCAGAGAAGGCUACUGCAAGAAGAAGAAGAAAAAAAAAGCAAGAAAAGAAAAUUGAACUUUCCUGGACGUGAGGACUUCUGGACAUCAGCUAACUGCGGUAGGUCAGAUAGAUGGUUUGUCCACAGCGUUGCCCGGAUCAUGAACGCACAGCUGUCGAUGGAGAAUAUUGGCGACCUGCACGGAGUGAGCCAUGAGUCUGUGGCCGGUCACGGAGAGCUGCUGAGUGGCCACAGUCCGCAUUCCCGUCCGAGCCCCCGGGGUCUGAGCCACCGUGCCAUGGGCAUGGCGACCCUACUGGACAGCGGAGACUAUCACCCCAGCCACCCCGGACACCUGCACCCAGCCAUCAGCAUGUGUGAAGCCCCCCCUGGCAUGAGUGCGAGCAGCACUUACACUACCCUAACCCCCCUGCAGCCCUUACCCCCCAUCUCCACCGUGUCCGACAAGUUUCCACCCCAUCACCACCACCACCACCAUCCCCACCAUCCUCACCCGCAUCACCACCAGAGGAUCCCCGGGAACGUCAGCGGGAGUUUCACGCUGAUGCGAGAGGACCGGAGUCUGGCGCCCAUGAACAGUCUGUAUCCCGCAUAUCAUCACAAGGAUCCCUGCAUGGGCCAGAGCCUCUCCCCGCUAUCCGGCUCCGGUCUGGCCAGCAUACACACGUCGCAGGCCGGCAUCCCCCCCUACGCUCAUCCCGGUGCCGCCAUGCCUGGAGAGAAGAUGCUCACCCCCAGCGGGUUCGAGGCUCACCACCCGGCCAUGCUCGGCAGACACGCUGAGCAGCACAUGAGCUCCUCAGCGGGCAUGGUACAAAUCAACGGCCUCCACCACCACCCGCACGCCCACCUUGGCGCGCAGGGGCACGGCCAGGGGCUGGGGAACAGCCGGGAGCAGGCCUCCGGGCCCGGGCAGCAAGGGGGCGGUGGUGGAGGGGGUGGUGUUUCUGGGGGACAGAUGGAGGAGGUGAAUACCAAAGAGGUGGCGCAGAGGAUCACCACGGAGCUGAAGCGCUACAGCAUCCCUCAGGCCAUCUUUGCCCAGCGGGUCCUGUGCAGGUCCCAGGGGACCCUGUCCGACUUGCUGAGAAACCCUAAACCUUGGUCAAAGCUCAAGUCCGGCAGAGAGACCUUCCGCCGCAUGUGGAAAUGGCUGCAGGAGCCUGAGUUCCAACGCAUGAGUGCGCUCAGGCUCGCAGGUGAGCGAAGCCUCGCAUGUAAGCGUAAGGAGCAGGACCACGGCAGAAGCGAGCGGGGGAACGUGACCAAGAAGCCCCGGCUGGUGUUCACAGACGUGCAGCGAAGGACGCUACACGCCAUCUUCAAGGAGAACAAGCGUCCAUCCAAAGAGCUGCAGCUCACCAUCGCCCAGCAGCUGGGCCUGGAGCUGGCCACAGUCAGCAACUUCUUUAUGAACGCACGCCGCCGGAGCCUAGACAAAUGGGUGGACGACGGCUCCGGUCACUCAGCCAAUUCUGGCCCCAAUGCCUGCACCAAAGCCUGAAGACGGACUGAUUUGACCAACUCAUGGACUGACUCAACCUCGGUGGAAAAGCUUUAAAACUUAAGAGAAACAAAGAAAAACUUAAAAAGACCUUGAAGCAACGUUUUGCCCUUAAACCUGUACUAUAUUGAUAUUUAUAGUAUCCAAAGAUGAAAAAACAAACCAAAGACUUCUUGUUUGACCUGCUUUACAAUGUUUGUUUCAGCAACACAUUUAUGUGUAACAUACUGCAAAAAGACUAUAGUUUUACUCCCCCACCCCCGUCACACACACACUCACUGUCACUGGUCUCUAGCUUUACUACACCCCUCCUCCUCACCUCCCCACCCAGCAUCAAUCUAUCAUUCGCCAUCCUUAUCUUUAAUCUGAUUGGUUGGUUUUAAUGAUGGGUCCCUAAAAAUGGAGGUUUAAUCAGCCUAUUGGCAGUCUGAUCUGCAGCUGUCCACACCCUUGAAAAGCAGCCAGAAUGUGGAGCUCCGGUGGGAUUGGCCAAUCAACUUUAAAGAAAAAAAAAAUCCUACAGGAGCCACUGGAUUGUUGUGCAACCUUGUUUGGAUCGGUGGCAUGGACUGUCUGACUGUCUGUCUGCCUGUCUGUCUGUCCGACUGUCUGUCUUUCUAUCAAGCAUUCCAGACAAACAGGUGAAAUGUCCAUGCGUAGACUGCUAACCCAAAACCAAAAAAAAAAAACACCGAAACCAAACCAAAAACACCCCAACCUCAACCCACAUGGUAGUGCUUUCUUCCAACAUGCUGAGGCGUUGAAUAAUUUUUUUUUUAAAAAGAGAGAGGGAAACCAAAGCCUUCUACACCCUGAAGCCUCUCAUGCAGGUUAGAAAUACAAACCGCUUAAGAACAUGCUAUGAAGUAAUCUGACCAAAGAAUAUAUUUUGUAGUGAAUAGGAGUAUUUUUACCUCUUUCCUCCCUUACCUCCUGAGACAGACUGUUAGUUACAAGACAUAAAGAUGAGAAUGUUACUGCUCAUGGUCCAUACAACAUUUUGAGUCAUACUUAAAUUUGUGCUCCCUGCUUAUGGAGAUAUUAUAUGACGUAAACCUGAAAAAAGAACUAUUGAUAUUUGCCUUAUAGAUGCCUUCUGGAAUCAAAGCAAAUAUUCCAGUUUUAACUUCACAAUCAGUCUACUGAAUGUUACUGUAAAUGCUCAUUGUGAAGAGUAAUCAUUUCAGAUACAUUCUAUUCUGUAAAUCUGCUAAUGCCUACAGGUGUAGCUCCACUGUAUGUGUUCAAAAUGCCAGCAGCUGGCAAUCAAAGACAAAUCUAGUCAGCACUGUGUCUUCUGUGCAGAAGCGAAGACGCAAGCUCUGUGUGUGGUCUUGACACUGCGUGAGGAGACAGACAGCCUCUGAUGGGGUUUUCUUGAGGACAAACUGCGUCACCACUUUAAUAAUAAGCACUGAGCGUCGCUCCAUCAUCCCCCGUACGCUUCAUGCGUAUUUGAUUUUAUCCCCUCAUCAAAGAUGUUGGGCGGAGGGGAUGAUAUCAAUGAUCAAAUCACUUUCAGGCGCUUACACAGCAAUGUCAGCUCGUCACCUGAAUACGAAAGCACCCCCCACCCUGCCUGCUGCCAACCCCCCUCCCUCACCUCCCCCCCUACUUCUUGCCUCUGCUCUCCUGGUAAGCUAUGCAUUUCAGCACUAGGAGGAAAGCACUACAGAGGGCUGGCCCAGGGCAGCAUAGCAUUAGAUAUAUUAAGCUGGCCCCUUGCCGUCAUCCUCCUCAUGGCCAGGGUUAGCAGCUCUACAUUCAUCAGAACAAGCGCUGAAGGAGAGGCAGGGGAGAGAGAGAGAGAGAGAGAGCUGCUUCUUCAUCUCCGAGAGAAGAAAAAAACCAAAAAGACGACAAGAAACAAAAAAAAUGUGUCAAGACCUGCUGAUGUUUUAUAGUGUGAACCAAAGAUGCUACCUCACUCAAGUUCCAUACGUGAUUUCUAUCACUUUGAUGAUACCAAAGAAAACCAAAGAUUUUUUCUCAUUGCACGGCCUCUAUGAGUGGUGUUAAAAGAUGUGUGAUGUAUGUGUCCCCUCCCCCCGUCUCCUCUCUCUUCUCCCCUAUCCUUUCUUCUCUCUCCCCCGCCCCCUCCCACCUGCACUCAACCCAUGCACCCCUGCUAUGCGUGCUCUUGCUUCAUCUGUGCUCUGAUUACAGCUCCAUAGAUAGUCAUGCUGAUGUAGCUAUAGGUAGAUGUGCUGAUCUAGCCUUAGAUACACACCAUGCAGGUGCCUGCGGGGUACAGCUAACUUGCUAGUGGUGUGAUUUGUGCUUGUGAGCAAAAGAAAUGCAUUAAUGUCAACCACUAUGUCAGCAGAGAAGACAGUUAAAAUGUCAAAUCUGACAUUUUGUCAAGCCAACAAAUAUAUAAAAUCAAAGUUUAAGUUUGGUUCAUGAAUCGUUUCCAAGUAAUCAAUAUGAAUUUGAUGCAGUACCCCACCAGUUACAUUUUUGCAGCUUUAUUUCCAUUCUUCCCUGCAUCUUAGUGUGUAUCUAUAGGCUGUUAAUAUGAACCAACAAAUAGGUCAGACAUCCUCCCAUGACAAUAGGCAGACAACCUGACAUAAACAUGGGCAGAAUUGUUGACUCAACUAUAGGCAGACAUGUUCCUGAAAGUAGAAGCAGACGUGUUGCAAUCUUUCUAAAACUCCCAGGACGAGUGCCUUGCUUGAACCAAAGUGUUAAACCGCUGUUGACCUCUCACCUUUGACUCUGUGAAUACCUCAGCCUGUAGAAGGGCCACUACUGAAGAAACAAGGAAAAGGUUUUCUUUUUGUUUUUUAAAUCACACCGUGGUGCUUUCGCCAGCGCAACCAUGCAAUGAAAACAUACCAAAGGAAUUUCUGUUGUCCACUUCUACAGAUUAAACCAAAGGUCUUUGUUUUUUUUCCUCCCCUCUGCCCUCUUUAUCCCUCCAUCCCUCCUUCCCCCUUUACCUUCCUCGUCUCCCUGCUGUGUGUAGGAAGGUCCAGCACUCUGGCCGUGCAUGUCUUUACCAAUGUCUCUGAAUACCUCAUAGUAAUAAUUCCUUUGAGUUCUGCAUUGAGACGUCUAUCUGUGAGUAAGGCAGAACUCCACUCGUGUGGUAAUUGUUAUUGUUACUUCAAAAAGCUGUAUGAUUAUCUAUUUUGAAGUUGUUUUUUUUUGGCAGAAGUGCUCUGUUUCAAGUCACGGAGGACAAGUUUCAGGGUUGAUGUAUGAAACUUAAGGGAUGGAGGGAGAAGCGUAUUUUUUAUCAGACACUGGGUUAUGCCAAUAUUAUGAUGGUAGACUAUUGCUUUUACAGGGUAAAACCAACUGCUGUGAUAUUGUGUUCAUAUUUUCCCUUUUCUCUACUUCUGUGUUGUGAUUUUAAUUUAAUUGCAUUUUUGUAUUGGUUAACCACUACUUUAAUUUAUGCAUUUGUAGAAACUCUAGAUUUGUAUAUAGUAGGUUUUUUGAAAAAAAAAAAGAAACAAAAAAGACAGUUUAUGUUACAGCCUUAUUUCCCACGCUUAGAUAUAACAAAGGAGUAGUUUUUAUUCUUCUUCAGCUAAAUCCUAGCCGGCAUUUCAAUGUGUGUUUUAAACACUGCCAGAAACCCAGACAGUUGAUUUGCCAAUGCAGACAAAGUUAUACAGGAGCUACUUUGUUGAACAGCUGGCAAAAAGCAGUGUGUACGUGUGUGUGUUUUUUCUAUUCUUUUGACUUUUUAAAAACAGUUAUUUUAUGGGUAUUACUGCACAUCCAAAGAUUUUUAAAACAAACCAAAAAUUGGAAAAAAAAUAUGUAUAAUGUUGAAAAGCACUGGCAUUUGUGAGGUAGACUUGUUGAGUUUUGAUUUGCCAUUCGCACGGGUAUAGAAUGUAGAAGGCGUAGGGCUAUGUAGGCAAGCUUACUCUACCAUGUGGGGAAUCUCCUGGUCAAUGUACAAUCUGAAGCAUUUGAAACGAGGGCUGCAAGCCCCGCUCACUUUGCUGUCUCAUACACAGAGUGAGGUGGAGUGUAGGCUGGGCAGCCGGUCUGCCAGGGGCUGUGCCACGGAGCUGGGUCUGUUUUUAUUGCCGUGGCACUGCCGCCUUGCUCCAUCUAGUAUCUGUUCUUUUGGUACGUACUCGUGUAAUGACUAUAAGCAAAGUCUAAUAAAACUGCAAAGAACCUUACCAAGGAAUCCGUGUGUGAGUGUGUGUGGGGAUGAUCACUUGGACUGCUCAUUCUUUUUCUGUCUGUGGAUGUGAGUGUGCUACUCAAAUGUCAAGUACUGCUGAGGUAUGCGAGUUUGUGUGAGCUCAUCUGCAUGCAUCACUUUACUGUGUUUUUAGUCCAUUGUCAAAUGUGUUUGUACUGCAUAUUGUCAUGCUGUUUGCUGGUCUGUAUGCAUGUGUGUGGCUGAUCGGUGCAUAUCACAACAGUAGGUUAUCAAUUGCCAUACUGUGAGUACUGUUUCCUCUCUGUCAUGCUCAGACAGCACAGAGUCUCCAAGGACCGAAGGUCAUCACCAAAACGUCCAUGACAGACUACAUUAGGAUGUUAUGCAGUCCUCAUGUGAUAAGAUGGAGAAUGUGUAAGUUCUUCAGUAAAGUACAGGUACUUACAUAUUAGUUUAAAGGCCUGUUUUUAAUGAAGGAAUGGAUGAUGCAAUGUGGACCUAUGUUUUCCUAUUUUUACAUUAUCUAUUAUUUAUUUUGUCCAUGAGGAGUUCCCAUAUGAUGGGUAGCUUGGCUACAAGUCUCAUAACAAUACUGCAGCGCCUAAGACAAUCAUCUGGAUCUCUUACGCUGGGGAACUAGUUUCUCACCCGAAGAGGGGUGUCCUCCAGCUAUUCAUACACAAAGAUGCUUGAAGGGUUUUGAUAAACAAGCAUAUUUGUUGUCAUAGACAUUUAGGAAUAGAUUACAGUAGAAGUUCAUUUUGCAUUUCAAAGUGAAAUCUCAUUGCUCUUGUAAGCCUUGUGCUCUUGUCAACCUUUUUCUUUUUGACCUUCUCAACUCACAAUGCUUCUUCAGUUUUCAGUCUGUGUGUGUGUGUGUGUGUGUGUGUGUGUGUGUGUGUGUGUGUGUGUGUGUGUGUGUGUGUGUGUGUGUGUGUGUGUGUGUGUGUGUGUGCGCGUGCGUGCGUGCCAGAGAGGCAAUACUGUUGGUGUUACUCUCAGAUCUAUAACUCCAUGUCUCAUGACUUGAUUUGUCAUUGCUGUUUCCCAGGCUUUGCUACUGCUUUCUCAGUGCCGUGCAAUAUCAUCUGUUGUGAUUGCUAAGCAAAUGAAAAAAAGAAAGAAAAUUGAGAAGCAAGUGAUGAUGUCAUCCAGCUUUUUUCAGUGUUCAAAUGUUUCAACAUUUCUGUAGUCACAAAAAGUAGAAAAUAAACUGUUGGUAUUUCCAGCUUCUGAAAA